AUGCGGAAACUGGGGCGAAUGCGUUGCAGCGGUGGUGUUGGUUGGAUUUACGGCCGUUCACCAGACUCGAUUAUUGUGCGGCCACAUGCGACGCACGUCGGUAGCCUCAUUCACAGUCACGAUGUGGGUGACAAGACAAAAUGGCGUGUCGUCACAUCAGUGCAGUGCAGUGCAGUGUGCACCGUGGAUUGUUGGGUUGAUGCUCACCGUUGGCUCGUCCCAUGGCCACUGCCACCCACCAAUGAGGUGCGCCACAACCCACCACCCAAAACGGAGGCGGUGAGUGGAGCUGAGUACACAUGCGAACAGUGUUGGUUAGUAGGAGUGGAUCGGUUGGGAAGAGCAUUCACACGUGCACACAGCAUGGAGCAACACCGCACGGAUCAGCAGAAGGAGGCGAAAGAGGAGCAGGAGAGGGAGGAUGUGGUGAUGGUGGAGGAGGAGGAGGAGAAGAAGGAGGAGGAGGAAGAGAAGUGUGUCAAGGAGAAAGGUAAU